AUGGCGAGCUGGUAUCAUCAACAGGAGCUCGACCCAGAGACUGUCAUUCGACCUACUCCCAGUGGAUACACGAACGAUGAGAUCAGUCUCGACUGGGUGCAACACUUUGACAAGCACACUAACGGGUGCCGAAAAGGGAGGAAACGUCUUCUCAUCUUGGACCGGCAUGGGUCGCACCAUACGAAGGAGUUCAUUGAGUACUGUGAUGCCCAUGGCAUCAUUCCCUUCGGCUUGCCCCCAAACCUGACACAUCUACUGCAGCCACUAGAUGUGGUGGUGUUCCAGCCGUUGAAGCACUACCACGCCAAAGCGCUGGACCUCAUGGUCCGUGACGGGUUGGUCAACAUCACAAAGGUUGAGUUCCUCGGCUGCAUCCAAGAAGUCCGAAAGAAAGCAUUCAGAGCAAGCACUAUCCGCUCUGCUUUCAAGAAAACAGGAAUCUGGCCAUUCUAUCCCCAGCCAGUGCUGGAUCUUAUAAGUAGUAGGAUGGUGACGUCAAAAACGCCUACUCCGCCGCCUUCUGGGCCAGAAUCUUCACCAUUCAGCACGCCUUUGACAGUCCGACAAGUCAACAAGGUUGCCAGGGUCAUAGAGAACGGAUUGGGUGAAGUCAACGAAAUUAGCGGAUCUGGCUCACAAUAUGAGCCGAUUCAUCCAGGGCUCUCUGAGCAACGUUGCCGAACUCCUGCAGACGAAAAAGGACCUAGGAAGGACUAG